AUGAGAGUUGAAAUCUCGCUCAACAUGACCAAGCUGCUCGCGGUGUUGCUGGUGGUCAUGCCUUUCGUGCUCGCCAUUGAGAUGUCGCAGUCGAGUGAGCUGCGCCAUCAGAUUCCUCGUAUGAUGCGCAGCCAGCGACGCAGUGUCGCCUCGUGGCUGACGCACAUCUCGUCCAAGGCUUCCGACUGGGUGUUUGGCUCGGUGCCCAACCCAGUCAGCGACCCCAAGAGCAUCCCCAAGUCCGAAGUGAGCGGCGUGGCGGUGCUGCCCCAGAUGCCGUACCCGUACGCUACGGGCAUGAUCCCGCGUCUGGCCAGCGAGACGCUCAGCGGCAACGGCCUCCCCGGCGGCUGGAUGUGCACGCAUGUUUCUCCGCCAGCCGGAGAGGAUGAAGAUGACUAUGAUGACGACGGUAGGGCCGGUGUAGGUGCCCGGGGUCUGCAGCCAGGUAGUCAGGGCGGCGCUGCUGGUGGACUCGGUGGAGGUGCUGGAGGAGGUCUCGCUGGAGGUGCCGGUAUUUUCGGUGGUGGCUUCGGCGGCGGCACUGGAGUUGGCGUUGGCACCGGUCCCGGAGGUGGUGGCAACGGUCAUGGAUAUGCUGGAGCUGCUGGCGCUGGGGGUGGUGCCGGAUAUGGUGGCGUACCUGGCGCUGGUGGAGGCUACGUAGGUGGUCUGCAGGGUAGUGGUAACGGUGGUGGUGUAGGUACGGGUGUUGGUCCUGAUGUCGGUGGAGGAAUGGAAUCUGGACUCGGUGCCGGUGCUGGCAUGGGUGGUGGCGUAGGUGCUGGAAAUGAUAUGGGUCUGGGUGCUGGCGGAGGAGGUGCUGGCGGCUUCGUUGGAGGCGGCGGUACUGCUGUCGGCACUGGAGUCGGUGCCGGUCUUGGCGCAGGUGCCAGCACUGGACUUGGAGGUGCUGGCACUCCCAACCCCCAAGUCGGUUACAUCCGCUACAACGGCCAACUGAUGACGAUCGACCAGUACCAGCAAGCGCUCGCCGCCGCCUCCUCCGGCGGUACCCCUUCGCCCGCAGGCCUCUCUCGUCGCGACAUCUACCAGCCCGACACCUCGGCCGUUUUUCUCAACACCUUCAAGCACAAGCGUCAAGCCGCCGAGUCCAGCAGCCCCGGAGGCAAUGCGGACGAAGGAGCAGAAGCCAAGAACAGGAAGCAGCCCGCCAAGGUGCUCAUGUGCAUCAAUGGCGAUCCCGCCGUGCCGCCGAUCAAGUUCGACACGAUGUCGGGUUUGCGCAUCCGAGAUCCCGCUGCUCAGCAGGAUGGCGUCGUCGAGAUUACGAAUCUUCCCAACUACCAGAUGCCUUGGAUGGCAUUUUUGCCCACCGCGGACAUGUGGAACGAGCAGCAGCAACUCAUGAUAGCCCAGGAGAAAGUGAUUGAGAACAACAUGACCACCGGCCCUCCUCCCCAGCGCUAG